CUCCGACCUCAUCAGAAUAAUUAUUCAUACACUAAUUUAAUCAACAAACAACGUUUGCGGCGCCGUAGCUUGUUAAUAGUUUACUGCGCAAAUAUUACGCAAAUAUUUAUAUAAACGGCUGCUAACCAGCAGCAUUAGCAACGAACUCGCCGUCGGAGUCGCCGUCAGCGUCCCACUGACAACCCUUUGUGCUUCCCCUCCCACACCAACACUCCUUUGGCUUAUUGCUCACUCAUCGAACUUCCACAUCUAAUAAGUGUUGUAUUUUUUAAAAUUCCUUAAGCUAAUACGAAUUCAGUGCCUAAUAUGGCUGCAAUUACAAGCAUUGAAUCAGUUUCAGACCGGUGGAAACAGGCUCGUGUUGGAGAGCUUUCACAAGAUUUUCUGCGAAUUGGAUCAGCCGAUCCUUCACAAAAUGCAGCUUCUGUACAACCAACACCAGCAGCAGCAAAUGCUAAUUGGAAUCCUUAUCCAGCUCAGUGUUUGGUACCUAGUCAUUAUGGUAGACUGCUCAUUACUUGUGUCCAAGCAAAACUUUCUCGGAACUACGGCAUAACCAGAAUGGAUCCUUACGUCCGUAUACGUGUUGGCAAUUUUGUGUACGAAACACAAACAUCUCAGAAUGGUGGAAAGAAUCCCUACUGGAAUCGCGCUAUUCAAUGUCAACUUACGGCAGGAAUUGAAAUAAUUCACAUCGAAAUAUACGAUGAAUGCAGUUUUAAAAUGGACGAGCUGAUCGCCUGGGCUGACGUACCUAUACCAGAAACUCUAUUCCAAGGCAAGACUCAUGAAGGGACGUAUGCCCUGUCUGGCAAACAAGGCGAAGGGCAAGAGGGAUCAAUUGACAUUGUUCUAAGCUAUUCUCUGCAGCCAUUCACGUAUCCUAUUGCCGGAACAUCAUUUCUUGUUGGGUCUAACGCACGUCCGAUAGUAUUAACACCGGUUCAUCAAGCAAAUAUGUAUCAACAGGCUCCUCCUCCUCAACCGAUUGCUCUCUCGAACGAAGAUUUUCUUCAGGUGCGAGAGAUGUUUCCCAAUAUGGAUGAACAAGUGGUGCGAACCAUAUUCGAGGCGAACAAUGGAAACAAAGCAACUACUAUCAACUGCUUAUUACAACUCAAUGAAUAAUUAAUUCCUUUAUAUUUAUCAUUUAUAUAUGUAUAUCCAAUUUAUAACAUGUAAAUUUACAAAAUAUUGUAUCCCUAAUAAAUAUGCAAAAUACCGUCAUA